GCAAGGAUCAUCAGGAAUUCAAAUAACAUUACACAAAAAAAUCAUCUUUCGUCAUGCUGAUACAACGCUACACAGCCGCCUUGGCAGUUCUGCUGCUCUUUUGGACUGGAAGCUACGCCCAAUUACAGGGCCAAAGUGGUUAUAAUUAUGUGCGUCCCGAGCUGGCAACCACGGCAGGAGGAGGAGCUGUGGCCGGCCGUUUGUCACCUGGUACUUAUCCCACGGGAACUGCGCUGCCCUUGACACCUGCACCAGCAACAGCCUAUGGAGCGGGAUUAUUUCCAUCGCCAGCGGUGGGUUAUACACCCAGUGGACAGGCAACGACCGCUUUUGGAGCUCCUGCCGCUGCCAGCGCCAAUCUACCAAGGCGUCCAACGGGCACAGGUCUGCAGACAGCAUCCUCGGCAACUCGCAGCGGUCCUUACGGACCACAGACGCAGUACGGCAAUGCAGCUGUUUCCACGACGGGAUCCCGUGCGUCCGCAGGCGAUGAGUACAAUGAUGAUGCCGAUGGCGAUUACUCGGCAAUUCCAGGCGUUGCUGGUGUGGAUUAUCCCGUUUAUGCGCAAGUGCCACGCACUAAUUUCGAUUGUGCUCAACAGCCUCUUCCUGGCUAUUAUGCUGACAUUGAGGCACAGUGUCAGGUCUUCCACAUAUGCGCCCUUAAUCGCACGUACUCGUUUCUCUGCCCCAAUGGCACAGUGUUUAGCCAGGAGACUCUGGUCUGCGUUUGGUGGAAUCAAUACGACUGCGUCUCUGCGCCAAGUUUGUAUGCCAACAACGCUUACAUCUACGAUUACAGCGGAAGUAGCUCCAGUUCUAGCAACGUUAACUUGAAUGCCAACGUAUAUCGUGGUGGACAGCAGGCCGUCAACACAGCCUAUGGUGCAGUUGCUCCAUCCUCGUCGCCAGGCGGAAGCUUGCGUGCUACAGGAACACCUCAAGUUGCUGGCUACAAUGCGGCACGUGGCUCGUAUCCCUCACCCUCCCCGACGCCGACACAAUCGCAAUCCUUAUAUGGCGGUGGUGGUGCCAUCUUACGACCAAGUGGUGUUCAGAGCAACGUAGCUGAUCAGGGAGCAAAUCGCAUAAUUCCAGCCACAGCUGCUGCUGGUCUGGCAGCCACUGCAACAGGCAUUCUACCAGAAAAUGCUGUUGGCAGCUUUGCUCAACCCGUUGUGCCAGUCGGCAACCGAGAGUAUCUGCCACCAGGAGGCGCUGGACAACGUCAACGGGCCCCAGCAACAUAGUUGUUGAAUAGACGACCCCAAUCUGUUUCUGUACCCGGUUAAAUGACAAUAGACUCAACGUCCUUAGGCUUAGCAUAAUUAUUAGCAUGUUCUACAACCACAUCCAGGAGCUCCUUAUUUUCCCCACAUUAUUUGUAGUUAAAUUCAAAUGUAUUCAUUGCUAAAAUA